AUGUCAAAAAAUUUGUGGUGGUCAAUUCCUCUUGAAUUACUUUUACUUACAUUUAGUUUUAUUGGUUUAAUUAGCAGUUUAAUAUUUAUAUUAAUUGUAAUAACUCGAUAUGAAUUUCGUCAAAAUCUUACUUUACUUCUUGCUAUGAAUUUAAGUUUUGGAGGAUUAAUAACAUGUGUUUCAAUGAUAUCUCAAGGUAUUCAUAUGAUGAUGAAUUCGCCAGAAGAUCGAUUAUGUCCAUAUCGUAGUUAUUUCUUUACAGUCGGUGGUUUAUAUAUAUUCGAAGCAGCUGCAUUACAAACUUUACAUCGAUUAAUUGUUAUUAUUUUUGUUCAUCGUCGUCAAUGGCAAAAUCGUUGUUUAUUUUUCUUUUUAGCUCUAAUACAAUUAAUACUUUGUUUAUUAGGUCUAUUACCAUUAUUAUUAACGAAUCGAUUUCCAUAUUAUCCUAGUGCAAAUGCAUGUUAUAUCGCUUUAAAUGAUAUUUUUGGAGUUUUAUAUCCAGCAGUUAGUUUUUAUUUUACUCCAUUAAUAUUUCAAUCUAUUUGUUCUUAUUGGAUUUUACGAUAUGUUUCUCGAAAAUAUCAAGCGAGACGAAAACAUGAUAAGAUUAAAAAACGUAUUUAUAAAGAAAAACGAGUUUUAGCUCGUUUAUCGUUACCAGUAUUUCUAUUACUUAGUGUUGGACUUAUUUUUUUUGUAUUCUUUUUUGCUACAAUAUUAUCAAAUGAUCAAUGGCAAGCUCCAUCUUAUGCCCUUCAUCUUAGUUUUAUGGGUAGUUCAGCUGCAACUGGAUCGUCUAUGUUGGCUAAUCUUAUAUUAACUAAACCAGUAAAGAAAAUUCUUUUAUCUUUUUUACCAAAACAUCCGAGAUAA